AUUUACAGUUAAUAAUAUAUAUUUCAGUAGAUGAUACAAUGUUAUAUACCAACCUUGAACCACUUAAAUCUGAUUUGUGCCUUAAAAUAUAUUCACAACAUUAUAAUAAUACACGUGGUAAAAUGGAAAAACAUCUGAUGACUUAAUCUUUUGAUGAAGUUCAUCAAAGAUGGACUUUCCAUGAACGCUGGCUAAUAAUAGACAGAGCAGUAUUAAAAUACCACCAGGGAAACAUACGUAAAAAAACAACAACAACAACAACAAAAUAAACAUUAAACAACAUAAAUCAAAUAUAAUCGAUCUAUCUAUCUGUCUAUCUAUGUCUGUUACCUGACUGUUGUCGAUUAAAGAAAGCCUGAUUUCGAUUUAGAAACCUUUAGAUUAAAACAAUAGUAAUAAAACUAAAUAAUAAUAAUAAUAAAACAAUAGGCCUAAAAGUCAGACCCCAUAUGCUAUCAUAUCUUUACCUAUUUUAAAACUGUAAUGCUACAAUUGUGUUGCAGCUAGUAAUCAAAGUUGCUAUGGAUGCAGGCUAUUAGACGUCAUUUUCUGAAAAUAGAUGGAAAAUAUGAGAUAAUAAAAGGCACCACUCUAAGAAUAGUAGUUCGAUCUUUCACUGGCAGGCGGCAUCCUGCCAGAAAAAGAUCCAGUUUCCUCCCCAUCCCAACCUUGUCCUCACUCAGACCUGCUUUGCAUACUUGAAGCAAUCUUUGAAAAAAUAUUAGAUAACUAGUCUAAUGCAACAUAAAGGAAAUAACCAGAAAUAACCAUGUUUGGUCUGUAAACAAUACUGACUCGACUUUACAAUUUUUGACGGCGCUGCUUGUCCAUAUAAUAACGCCACAGGUCCAUCUGCUGGUUAGCGUCGGUAUAGCAUGAAUUCUCCCUGUGAGAUGCUGCUAUUCAAGACCACCGCAUCACUCCAUUCUCUGGCGAGAGAUGUGACUCAGCAUUAUCAGAGUAAAUAAGGUGAAAAUACAGUAAUUCACCACAAAUAAAACUAAUAGACUUACUUAACACUAUUUCCGUAUCAUUUAAGUACGACCGUUUUUCUUUUACACUGGAUAACAAUAUUAACCAUGGAUCACUUCCGCGGCUUAUUUGAUAAACUCGACAAGAAUAAAGACGGGUUUAUAUCUACAGAGGAGCUGCAGAGUGAAAUGCGAAGGAUAGGUGUGGAGCCAGUUUGUGAAAAGGUUCAAGCUAUCAUGUCCAGUUAUGACCAAAAUGAGGAUGGACGUCUAAGCUAUCAGGAAUUUCUUAUUUACAUGAUGGACAAAGAGAAGAAAUGGAAAAUAGAUUUCCAUGCCCUUGACAGAAAUAAACGUGGGUCCAUUGACCUGGAGGAUAUAAUGUCUCUGUUUAAGGAAUUAGGUUUGGUUAUCUCAAAACCCAACGCAAAGCGGAUCAUUCAAAUGAUGGAUGACGACAACUCUAUGACGGUAGACUGGGAGGAAUUCCUCCAGCACGUCAUCAUUAACCCAGCAGAAAACAUUGGCGAGUUGGUAUCUUCCUGGAAACAUAACCUGGUGUUUGAUGUAGGAGAGAGUCGCUCUAUGCCAGUUGAGUUAACCCAGCAGGAGACUGACCUGUCUAUCUGGGGGAACUUUAUAUUGGCCUCAGGACUGGCAGAUGCUGUGUCUAGAACUGUGACAGCACCAAUAGACCUGUUAAAGACACGACUUCAGGUUUUUGGAUCCAAAGCUGUGUUUCUGGGAUUCCGAGAGCUGCAGACUGGAGGUUUUAGAUCCUUGUGGCAAGGAAAUGCUGUAAAUGUUCUUAAAGGAACACCACAAUCAACGCUUCAGUGCUUCAUCUAUGCCCAGAUGAGGAUGUAUACACUUGGCGAGAGGGACAGUCUGUCGGUCCAUCAAAGGUUUGGACUGGGCUGUGUGUCAGGGGCCGUGGCACAUGCUGCGUUCUACCCCUUAGAGGUGUUGAAAGUUAGACUCAAUCUCCAGCCUGCUGGUACCUACAUUGGAGUUUUGGGAUGUGCCAGGUUGAUUUACCAGAAUGAGUCUAUGUCAGCUUUCUACAGAGGGUUCAAACCCAGCAUACUCUGCAUGAUCCCUUAUGCUGGAGUGGAAUGUGCAGUGCAUCAGUCAAUAAUGAGCUGGGUUAAACAGGAUCCAGAGCACUUCAGUGACUCCAAGCUCUUCCUCUUCAGUUUUGCAGCAUUUGCAUCAGGACAGGCCACCAGUUACCCUCUUGCUGUCAUCAGAACUCACCAGCAAGCGCAAGCUUUCUGUUCAAGCUCACAGAAGCCUACAGAUGCUCUUCAAGGACUCUUUGGAAUCUAUGAGAAAUAUGGAGUCAGAGGUUUUUAUAAUGGAAUGGGUGCUAGCUUUCUAAGAGCGGUUCCUUGUGCUUUACUGAAUUACACCCUGACCUCAAAAUUUGAGACAUUGCUUUCUUCAUUGUUAUAAUGUUGAACAAUGGUUCAGGAAUGAUGUCAUGAACCAUGUGUAUAUUUUUUGUUUUAUUCCUUUGAAUUACGUAAGAUUACAUUGGGUUACCUGUUAUGGUAACAACUUAUGACUAUGGUAUCAGUAUCAUAUUAUCAGUUUUUGAUAUCUGAGCCUUUUAACAAGUACAUGAGCACAGUAUCUGUAAUGUGCAUUCAUAUUUGCAGCACUGUAUUGGGUUAAUAUGUAUUUCACAGAUUACAAUAUGGUAUUUGCCAUGAAAUGUUAACCAUGUUUCCAACUGUUACGGGGCGAAGAAGACAUGAAACGUGUGGAUCCAUUUGCAAAGCUUUAUUCAUUAGAAUGGUCAGAAACAGGCGAGGGUCAGACAAUGGCAACAGGUAUAUAGAGGGCAAGACACAAGAGUAAUCUGAUGAACAGGCGUAGGUUGAUCAACGGUGAACAUAAUCCAAAGGGCUUGACAAGAAGGGUGAUCCAAUACAAUGAGCAAUAGUUCAGGCGAUAAUAGUUCAGGGUUAAUCCAAGAUACACAGGCAGAAGAUCAGAAAACAGGCAAGGCAAGACUUUGACUAGACUAAGGAAACUAGAACUAGAAACUUAAACAAGGACAGGGAACUGGCUCCGUAAAAUAGCCAUGCUAAACAGCAUAAGUACUUAAACAAUACUUGGCAGUUUGAUAAGGAUCUGAAUGGGUGUACUAUAGUUAGUGUGAUUUUUGGCUACAGCUGUGUGCAAUCAGUGCAAUGGAUGAUGGGAUAUGUAGUCCGGGAUGACAUACAACAGUUUGUGUAGUGUGAGAGUCCAUGGACAGGACUUGUGACAUCAACCAUCCUGACAUCAGAAAUCUUUAUUUGCUUGCUUCUAUGAACUUAAUCACUAUAUGACACUGGUGUUAAGUUGUAAGGCCAACUCAGACUUUAUAAAUCUGGCAUUUCCUUUUUUUAUUUUGCUUUAUUCCUUUAUAUUUCCUUUUAUGCUAAGCUCCAUAUGCUAAUAAAUUCCAUUA